AUGCUUGGCUACGAUAUUUCUUGGGCAGCUUUUAAUAUCAUUGAAGUGAUGGCUUCAACGAAAUACACAGAGAAGCGGAUAGGUUACUUAGCUGCAGCACAAUGUUUUCAUGAUACGACAGAUCUGUCGUCAUCCCGACCGUACACACGGAAGAGAGCUGUUUUAUUACUAUACAAAAUCUUCCUCAAAUAUCCGGAAGCUCUGCGACCUACCUUUCCAAGAUUGAAAGAUAAGCUUGAGGAUCCGGAUCCAGGUGUUCAAAGUGCUGCCGUGAAUGUGAUUUGUGAGCUGGCUAGAAAGAAUCCGAAGAACUAUCUUACGCUGGCUCCCGUGUUCUUCAAGCUAAUGACAACAUCAAGCAACAAUUGGAUGACCUUCUUUGCCUCGACGGAAUGGUUUUAUCUGUUUUGUUUCCAGUUUGGAGCACUUGUGCCAUUAGAGCCUCGGCUGGGUAAAAAGCUUCUAGAGCCACUCACGAAUCUCAUAAACAGUACUUCGGCAAUGUCACUACUUUACGAAUGCAUCAAUACUGUGAUUGCUGGUUAG